UGUCAUCUGUCUUUGGUCAUGUGCACACUAGCAAACUUGGAUGGUCUAGCAUCUAUUCACACGCUCCAACCACCAGCUCAGUUCCUGCCAAGACUCUAGUUUCAUCACCCACACACAAUUGAAGCAAUGAAACAGCACGUGGUGGAAUUCAUCUCCGCGGUUAGCAAGAACAAUUAUCCUCACUCGUUAUGGCAUGGCAUCAUCUCCUUCCUCUUCGUCGCAGUUUCCUCCUAUAGUCCGCCUAUGCCGGGCUGCCCUGUAUCAAAUCCCAAAUCUGCCAAGUAUAUAGCCACGCGCGGGCGCUACCUUUCCGUCACCGACGCGGUCAACAAGCUCGCGCACAGAUCCAGCCACACUCGCUCAAAGAGUAGCUAGAAGCUUGAGCCAGAAACGGACUGCGGUCCGCGGAGGACUGACGAACCAUGGCGCUUGCCGCAAGCACUGGUCGUCAGGCAGCUUCCUGCGUUCGAGCUGAUGGCCCGGGGGCGGCAGACCGCGGCCGCCCUGGAAGCACUGCUCCAGGGUGCGCUCACAGACCCGACCGUACCGCCGCACGGCGGCCUGCAACUGAAGGGGCUCACCGCGCAGAUCCUCCGCUGCUGCGACCGCGCGCUCGACUCGCUCCGCGGCGAGGGCGUUGUCGUCGACGCCGCCGGCGGUGGCUGGCCGAGCAGGAAGCGAAGGUCGCCGCCCUGCGCAGAAGCUCUCAUCAGAGGAAGCCCAGAUCUAGACGGAGGGUGCGUGCGAGCGGUGCAGAGAUGCCCACAAGAGUUGAGAAGAGGUGCACGGCGGAGGACGGGUUCCUGUGGAGGAAGUACGGGCAGAAGGACAUCCGGAACAGCAAGAGUACCCAAGGUGCGUUCGUUAUUCUCAAGAUUCAGUCGAAAGAUGAUGGUAAGAAGGAAGACUUAUUGUCCGGUCUUGCGACGGUGCAGGCAGUACUUCCGGUGCUCCUACAAGUACGACAACGGCUGCAAGGCCGCGCGGCAGGUGCAGCAAUCGGAGACCGACCCCUCCCUCUACGUCGUCGCCUACUUCGGCGAGCAUACCUGCGGCAAGGACGCCGCCGUUGCCGCCUUAGGUGGCGCUGAUGACGACAACAUGCAGAAGUCGUUGGUCAUCAACUUCGGUUGCAGCUCCGCGAGCAGCGGCUCGCCCUGGCCCUCCUCCUCCUUCGAGGAUGAUGUCUAGAGCGAGGCAUCGGCCUCGCAACCAGUGUGGCAAAUCUAGGAUUUCAAGUUAGGAUGGUCUGAUGAAGCAAUUUUUUAAAAUAUUUUUUAAUAAGUCAAUCUAAUCCUAUAAAAUUAUAAAUUGUAUAAAAUUAUAAAAUUAUAGUUUCUCACUUUUCACCUUCUCAA